UCUCCUCCGAUUUUUCUCUUCUCCUUUCCCUCGUCCUCUCCUUUGGCUCUUGGUUCCGUGGGAAGUUACCAUCCUGCCCCUGGUGGGUCCCACCAUUUUCCCAGAUAAAUUUUUUUCCUUUUUUUUCUCUCCUCGUAUUUUAUUUGCCUCCCAUCAGAAACCGCUUUCCCCUCUUCAUUUUUUUCCCACCCCAAAGAGAAAGACGGCCUCGUUCGCUGGGUGGUGACGUGGCCGGUUAAGGAGAGCCGUCGGAUAUGUCUCUGAGCGAGAAGCUGGAGGCGGCGCGCGUGGCGCUAGGCAAGCGCAAGGAGCGGGAGCUGCAGGCGCAGCUGCAGCAGAUGGGCCCCACCCCCUCUCCAGCCACGGCUAAAGCUAAAGCCGAGCUGUCCACCAAGCCGGUCGGCAACAAGCUGCUGGCCGGGAACCUGGCCCACGAGUUCCUCACCCGCGGCACCGUGCUGGGCCGCCGGAUCGAGCCGGCCCCCGCGGCCCCGGGCCGACGGAUCGAGCCGGCGUGGCAGCCCGCUCGGCCCGAGCCCGAGCCGAAGCGCAGGUACGCCGAGGUGUCCUGGCUACUCAUGGCCAACGGGGCCCACAUCCCCGGCGUCGUCAACCCCACCCAGCUCGCCCACUGGCUCCAGAUUAAGGACUGAAGCCGCCCGCACCGCCGCGCCAUUUGCGCCCCAAGGAUGGAUGGAAGAAAGAAGCCACCACCAAGACAAAGCGGUUUCGCCGUCCGAUCCCCCUCCCUCUCCAUCCUCUAGUCAAUUACUUACUAGCUCUUCUUCUUAGAUCUAGCGAGAAAACUAUUACUGUUGUUGUUGUUGUUGUACUUAGCUAUAUUAUCUAUCUCUGUUGGAUGCAUUGCCAUUA